CAAUUUCGUGUGCAAUACGCGAUCGACCGAUUAGCCAUGGUGGACGACUUGUAUUGCGCCAACUUGAUCGCGGUGGUCGUGGGCCAGUUCGUGGCAGAGAACGGCACGGCGUUCAGAGGGUGCUCGUUCUACGAAGGCCUGAACAAGCCCACGACGCAGGUCGACCCAGCCCUCCUUCGAGACAAGGACUGCAAGAACGUCGACUGCACGACCCUCUGGGCCGACUUUGUCCAGCUCACAGGAGACUGCCCCAUCUUGAAUCAAGAGACUCGACGAAGUGCGAACAUUUCGUCCCUCGCGAGCGUGUGCACCCGAACGACCACUGCCAUUCCGACCACGACAUUGUCCACGUCGCCGGCAUCUCCAACACCAACGACGCAAUCGUCGACAUCCCCUGCCGUUUUGGCGGACACAACGACUUCUUCGUCGUCCUCGUCAACUGCUACAAUUGGCAUCAUCGCAGGCGCAGUCGUUGUCGUAGUCGCGCUCGCGGUGUUUGGAUGGACUCGACGACGAACGCAAGCGCCUUUGUCGACCAAGCACAGGGACCAAGGGGACUCUGGUGACCAGCAAGGUGAUUCGUACGGUCCUCAUUUUACGCCAUCCAACACGUACACCGGUGGGAACUCGGCCAACGCCAGUUCGAUCCACAGUGCGUCCAUCGUGGAUUCGGCGCAGCUGAGUGUCAUGCAGCGAAACCUCGUCGACUUGGACAUGUUUCGGGUUCCGGUCGAGGACGUGACCUUCACCAAACCACUCGCUGAAGGCGCGUAUGGCGAGGUGUGGCUCGGCGAACUUCGCCAGGAACGUGUGGCCAUCAAGCGUCUGCUCCCAACGAAGCGCAUCAACGCCAUCGACUUGCAAAAGUUCAUCUCAGAGAUUGUCCUUCUCUCGAGAAUCGAUUGCCCGUAUGUCGUGCACUUUAUCGGGGCUGCGUGGUCCCGCCCGAGCGACAUUAUCAUGAUCACGGAGUUCCUGCCUCGCGGAGACCUGCGCCAAGUCCUGGAUGCCAAUCAACUCGAUCCAGCCUACUUCCCGUGGCCGAAAAAGGUGCAAUGCGCACACCACAUCGCCGAAGCCCUCGUAUACCUCGACUUCAUGACGCCCAAGGUGAUCCAUCGCGACUUAAAGUCGAGAAAUGUCCUCAUGGACAAGAACUUGUGCGCCAAGCUCACUGACUUUGGCAUUGCCCGGGAGACGCAAGAUGACGAGCACACUCUCACCGCUGGCAUCGGGACGUACCGGUGGAUGGCCCCCGAAGUGCUGCAGGACGGCCACUACACGGAAAAGGCCGACAUUUUUAGCUUUGGCGUGAUCCUGGCCGAGCUGAGUACCGAAAUGGUGCCGUACACGGACCUGCGCAACGCAAAGGGCAAUCCACUCACGGACACGGCCAUCAUGGCCAAAGUCAUGACGGGCGAGCUUCAGCCUGCGUUCAGCCCAACGUGUCCUGCCUGGUUUGCAGACCUCGGCCGGCAAUGCAUGGCCAUUAAUCCCAACGACCGACCGGCGGCGACCAUGCUCGCGUUCCGGUUUCAAAAAGAAGUCGCGAACCUCGCGUCCACCAAGUAGUUCAGGCAUUCGUGGACCACAUUGGCAACUCGCUAAACAUUUUUGCAUGAAUGGCGUACUGGAU